UUUCAAUGGCUAUGAAACACUACUUUACUUGAAUCACUCUCAUUCAAGAACUUAAAAUUUCGUCAUGCGUUUGUGCCUCCGACUGUACCUCAGAUUUUUCCAGAUCUGAACUUCAACAAAAAGUCAACACGAAAUCCCCAACUUCCAGGAUUCCAUUUUCUUGAUUAGGAUUUUAGCAUAUUAGAUCGAGACUUCUCAAAAUUUUUAAUUUUUUUCCCGUGAAAUGGGGUGGGGAAUCAAAAGAGCGCAUAUCUGAGCUGCCAAUGCAAUUCUGUUUAGUUGAGAUUGUUUGUGUUAGGUGUUUUUUGUGGGAUAACGUUAAAGUUGAAGUCUUUUUGUGAACUCAUCAAUGUCUUGGGCAGGCCCAGAAGAUAUUUACCUCUCUACUUCUCUUGCCAACUAUCUUGACAAGAAACUCCUUGCAUUGCUGCGAGAUGGACGGAAAUUAUUUGGGACUCUCCGGUCUUUUGACCAAUUUGCCAAUGCUGUUCUAGAAGGUGCAUGUGAGCGCAUAAUUGUUGGUGAUCUUUACUGUGACAUCCCAUUAGGUCUAUACAUAAUCCGUGGGGAAAAUGUAGUGUUGAUCGGCGAGCUAGAUUUGGAGAAAGAAGAACUUCCCCCACAUAUGACUCGUGUUUCAGUAGAUGAGAUAAAAAGGGCACAGAAAGCAGAAGAGGUGGCUUCAGAUCUCAAGGGUACAAUGAAAAAGCGGAUGGAUUUCCUCGAUAUGGAUUGAUGUGUACUUUAGUGUUUGACGUCUGGAAAUAUCACUUGCUCGAAUGUCAUUUUACUUGUGUCGCUUUUCAAAAUUAGUUCUACAAGAUAGAAAUAUAUAUAAUUAGUAGAUCUAGUUUUGAAUAUGAUUUGUGCUUAUCUUCUUGUCAUCUGAUGCAUAGACUGAUAGAAGUGGUGGAGCAUAUAUGGCAAAUCAAGUGUAGAUCAUUGUUGUACCAGUUUUAACAAGUACCUCCACAUUGACUUUAUUCUUGAGUUUUUGCAAUUACUUUGGUAUACCGUUAGCGA